AUGAGCCGAAAUAACGAUAGUAUGCAGGUAAAUGGAUCCUGGGGCCUCCCUGCUUUCGUGUGUGACGUGUACAUUGCGAUGGAUGUCACCUCAUCCACCUCAAGCAUAUUUAAUCUCGUUGCCAUCUCCGUUGAUAGGUACAUUGCAGUAACACAGCCAAUUAAAUACGCGAAACACAAGAACAACCGGCGAGUCUGGUUCACCAUAGUGUUGGUGUGGCUGAUCUCAGCGGCGAUCGGCGCGCCCAUCGUCCUAGGCUUGAAUGACACGCCAGACAGAAACUUUGACGAGUGCCUCUUCAAUAGUCAAAACUACGUUAUCUACUCGUCGCUCGGAUCCUUCUACAUACCCUGCAUCAUGAUGAUGUUCUUAUAUUAUAAUAUUUUUAAGGCUUUAAGAAAGCGUGCGAAAAAACAAAGAGCAGCCAAGAAGCCUCCAGUGUCUGGGGACCCAACAACUGGUGCUACUACAGCCAUAGUUAUAGAAAAUGUGGCUCAAACCAGAAGACUGGCAGAAACAGCACUUCAUGAUGAUAGACCUACAAAUACUGGGUCUGGGAGUAAUGAAGAGGAUCAUGAAGAUAGUUUCGACAAGAGAUCAGCAGAUCUAGAAGCUGAUGCUGAUGAGUGCCACGUCAUUCCUAACGACAAAUCUACAGAAUUUAUGCUAGCCACUGUUGCUGAGGAAAUAACCAUAACACCAAAAAGAAACAUCAACCAAUCCGUUCCUGACCCAAAUGGGAACAACGAUUCAGGGUAUGCGCCUUCUAACCUUGAAGAUACCAUCAGAGAACAUGUCUCUCCGCCUGGAUCACCUGGAUUAAAAGACGCAACAGUAUUAAAGAACAUGGCCUUUGAUAAUAGCAAGUGGAAGAAGAAUGGCAAGUCAAAAACGGAUUCCAGAAAUGUUUCCUUGCAAAUCCGUUCAGAAGAUGACCAAGUUACAGGCAGUUCGUUUGACCUUAGAGACGGGUCUAGCUCAAAGAAAGAGAGAAAAGCAAGUGCAGCCACCGCGCGCUUUACAAUAUACAAAGCAAAUAAAGCAAGUAAGAAGAAGAGAGAAAAGUUUAGUGCAAAAAAGGAAAGGAAGGCAACCAAAACAUUAGCUAUAGUUUUAGGUGUUUUCCUAUUCUGCUGGGCCCCAUUCUUCACGUGCUCUGUCCUUGGAGCCAUCUGUGACAAGAUCGGCCUCUCCUUUGAUCCAGGAGUGACGGUAUUUAUCCUCACGACGUGGUUGGGUUACAUCAACUCGUUCCUCAAUCCUGUUAUUUACACCAUCUUCAACCCCGAGUUCCGGAAGGCCUUUAGAAAAAUACUCCACUGCGGCACCUAG